AAGCGCGCCGGGGCUGAAUAAAGUGCCCAUGUCCCUUCUCCAUGUCUUUGCUCGCCUCUCCAGUCAGCUGUUAUGACUUGUUCCGUCAGCAGAUUGUCAUCCUUUCACCUUUCCGGUAGAGCUAACUUUUGUUCUGCCGGGCUGCGGGAGGCUGUCCUGUGUUGAGAGCCCCGGGGACCUGUUGAUCGUCUGCUGGCGCUGCAAUGGAGGAGCCAAACAGAGAAGCAUGACAUCACAUAGAACUGAGACCUCUCAAAGAACAUAAGCGGCUGGAACAUUUUGACAAGCGGCGAUGGAGAUCAUGGAUACCCAGUGUGCCUUGGAUGCUGUGGAGAGACUGCAAGCCAAACUGAAGGAGAGGGGGGAGGCCCCCACUCAGGAGAAACUGACCCUGCUGAAGACUGUCCUGCAGAGCCCCCUGUUCCUCCACAUCCUCAGCUUGCAGCAGGCUCAGCGGAAGCGCCCGCCAAAGGAGAAGGGCAUCUCCAAGUCUGUGUCCAUGAACUAUGGCCCGUGCCAGGGUUUGAUCCUCGGCUCGAAGAUGCUAAGCCACAGCGACUCGUACACGUGGGCCGUGGAAAACCGAAGGCCCAGCACCUCCAGAUCCUUCCAGAGGGAGGGCAGCUUUUCUUCUCUGGGUUCACAAGACCUGUCCCUCAUAGACCUCUACUCAGACAAUGCCAUUCAGACUGAAUUUCAGUACUGCACCCCCCCGAGGAUCUCCCGCACCAUGUCAAUGGGGAGAAACCUUUCUGCCAUUGCACACGAGAGGCGUCACGUGGAGAUAAUAGAGCUGACAAAUGAUGGAAAAGGACUUGGUUUUGGCAUCAUAGGCGGACGGAGCACAGGUGUCAUGGUUAAGACCAUUCUCCCCGGAGGAGCGGCGGGAAGGGAUAAUCGCCUACGUAGUGGAGAUCAGAUACUACGCAUUGGAGAUACAGAACUGGCCGGAAUGAACAGCGAGCAAGUGGCACAGGUGCUGCGAAAUGCUGGAAACAAGGUGAAACUGCUCAUCGCCAGGGAUGUUACCAAGGACAACCAUCUUUCUUCUCCUCUUCUCAGCCAGGACAGCUUGGACGACAAGCUCGGCGAGUCCGGCGAUGACUACGAGUUCAGCGUGGAGUUCACUAAGAACAGCCGAGGUCUGGGAUUUACCAUCUCCAGCUAUGUCGGAGACCUAAACUCCAUCUACAGUGCAGGUGUGAUGGUAAAAGGCAUUGUUAAAGGCAGUACUGUUGAUCAAGAUGGACGGAUGCAGAUUGGGGACGUCAUCCUCUCUGUGGACGGGGUGAGCCUCCAGGGCUGUAGCGAGCAACGGGCAAUGGAGGUUCUCAGGAGGACGGGUCCCGUGGUCCGACUGAGGCUGCUGAGAAGAGCGGUGUGUCUGAGUCACGUCCUGCCUCCAGCUGCUCCUCUGAAGCCUCUCCGGCACUCUCACAGCUUCCAGGCCGGCAAACCCUACAAGGCUGGCCUCAACAAGAUUCAAGAGACAGGAAUUUGCUCUCUGCGGGAGAUCUCCCGGCGAGCCGCGUAUGCCAGCAGACGACCCCGACACGAUUCCAGAGACGGCGUAAAACUGACUGCGGAUGAAGAGGAGGACCUGAGGAAGAGGUGGCAGCAGGCAGUCGGGCCCCGAUAUGAAGUGACUGUGUGUCAGCUGGAGCGGUUCAGUGAGACGAGUGGUCUGGGAAUCAGUCUGGAGGCUCGGGCAGGACAUCACUAUCUGUGUUCCAUCUUACCCGAGGGCCCCGUGGGCCAGAGUGGCAAGAUCUUCAUUGGGGAUCAGAUACUGGAGGUGAAUGGGAUCCCUCUCAUUGGACUGACACACAAGGAGGUGGUCAGCGUUCUGAAGGAGCUCCCGGUGCAUGUAUACCUCACAUGCUCGCGCGUUUUGCCCCCGUCAGUUCUUGACAGCGAAGAGGAAGAUGAUGAGGAUGAGGAUGUUCGUCUCAGCUUGAAAGAGCUGCUGGCCGAAUUCAAUGACAAGCUGGACCAGGGUUGUGUCAUUCCCUGUCCCACAGCUGAGGACAUUACCAAGCGUGGCGUGCCCCCCAUGUCACCUCCGUUGGCCAUGUGGGAGAAAGAAGCUCAAGUGGUGGAGCUGGAGAAGGGGGACUCAGGACUGGGCUUCAGUAUCCUCGACUACCAGGAUCCAGAGGAUGCCACCAAAACAGUUCUGAUAAUCCGGUCCUUGGUGCCCGGAGGAGUCGCUGAUCAAGAUGGCCGCCUACUACCUGGUGACCGACUGAUGUUCGUUAAUGAAACCGAUCUGGAGGGCUCCAGUCUGGACUAUGCCGUGCAUGUCCUAAAAUCUACUGGCUACGGCUCUGUCCGCAUUGGUGUGGCCAAACCUCUUCCACUGGAACUGUGCGGCGGCUUGACACCCAUCUCAGAGAGGAGCACAAGGGCCUCGUGUGAUGACACCGAAAGCCACACUCAGGUCAGCCUGCUAGCCGAGGCAGCCGAGGCUAGCUUCAGCACGACUUGGAACUCAGAGGAAAGCAGCGUCACCCAGCCGAGCUACACGGAGGAGCAGCUGCUUUGCCGCUUUGGCAUCAUGGAAGAUGACCACAGCCAGCAAGCCCCACCCUUGCCCCCCCGCACAAGUUUUGAGAGGACAAUCACUGUAGUCCGGGGCAGCCGUAGCCUUGGCAUGUCGGUGAGCGCGAUCAAGGACGGCUCAGGCAUACUGGUGCGCAGUGUGGUCCAGGGGGGCUCUGUUUGCCAUGAUGGCAGGCUAGGUGUGGGGGAUGCCAUCUUGGCCAUCAAUGGAGAGCCUACCUCCAACCUGACCAGUGCCCAGGCCAGAGCCAUGCUCCGCCGACACUCUGUUACAGGGCCAGAAAUAAGUGUAACCUAUGUACCAGCAUCUCAGGUGGACGCGCACCGGGCUCGUCUGGGUUUGCCCCCGCUGGCCUCCGUUUCCACUGACCCCGCCUCCCUCUCACCCACGUUGCCACCUCUCUCUCCUGAGCCCGCGGCGGCCUCGGCCACGCCCCGCGACCCCCCGGCCUCCUCUUCACUCAGACCCUCCACUUCCCUGAGAUUCAAGGCCCCCACCCCGGAUCCGCCCGCCCCCAGGGCAGCUGCUCUGCCCAAGGCUGCGUUCAAAGGCCAGGCCACGGUCCCGACCAUCUCCCCGGCCUCAGACUCAAGCUGGCUGAUUCCAAAACCUUUACCUCAGACGAAUGCGCAAGAGGAAAAAUUCAUAGAUCUUGUACCUGACAACAGGAACAAACUAAGGGCAGAUGUGAAAGCACCCAAGCCGGAAGUCCAGAUAAAGGUGUACAGUACAGACGAGAGAGACGGAUGGCUUCACGCUCAGGCCGCAGUGUCUUGGGAUCAACCUAAACGUGUGCUGCUGACUCGAGCGCCAGGCCAGUCCCUGGGCAUCAGCAUAAUGGGAGGCAGAGGCAUGGGCCGGAGACUGAGCAGUGGAGAGAUGAUGAGGGGUGUCUUCAUUAAGCACAUCAGUCCCGACAGCCCGGCAGCGCAUAAUGGCACCCUCAGGACUGGAGACCGGAUACUAGAGGUGAGUGGUGUGGACCUAACAGAUGCCAGCCAUGAGCAGGCAGUGGAGGCCAUCCGCAGGGCUGGAGACACCGUGGUCUUCCUGGUCCAGUCCGCACAGCCCAGGUCUCAGUCUCCUCCCAUCAUCAAUCACGAAAGACUGAGUCCAGCGCCAUCCUCCAACUCACACAACCACAAGGAACCAGAGACUCUCAGCAGUCUUUUCCUUAGUCUGUCCCCAGCAAACCCCUUCACUCCCACGCCCUUUAAGGUUGAAAAGAUGCUUCAGCGCUACGGCAGUCUUUCAGGAAAGCUCCACAUGAUUGAGCUGGAGAAGGACCCCGCCACUCCCGGUCUGGGGAUCAGCCUCGCGCACAGCGAUGACGCCUCCAGGGCCCGUAUGAGCGUCUGCAUCGCGGGCAUUGACCCCAAAGGGCCCGCGGGUGUGGAUGGGAGGAUACAGGUUGGGGAUGAGCUGUUGGAGAUCAACGGUCAGAUUUUAUACGGCCGGAGCCCCGGAAAUGCCUCCACCAUUAUCAACAACACCCCAUCUAAAGUCAAGAUUGUCCUAAUCAGAAAUAAGGCAGAUCAAGUGGAUAGGGGAAUAAAAAAGCAACGCGAGGACACAGUGGACCAGCAGCCCGACCCUGCCGAGGAUGGAGGAUUACCCAGAGACAUAGAGCACAUCAUCCUUAAUCAGGACCAUGCAGGCCUGGGCAUUUGCCUUGUUGAGGACAAAGAAGGAAUGGUGGUCCGGUCAUUGAUCCCGCACGGCACUGCCAGUAAGGACGGCAGGGUAAAGGUUGGAGACAGAAUUGUAGCAGUGGGCGAUGAACCUGUGGCUGGACUGUCGGUGGAAAAGGUGUCCAGUUUGAUUCUCAAGCACCGGGUCACUGUCAAGCUCUCCGUCAGCCGUUCCAGGACUCUCUCCCUCCCUUCUCCUCUGCCUCUCCCUUCCCCGCUUCCCCAUCCGUGCUCUCUUCCCGCUCCCGCUGUUCCCUCACUCCCGCCUCCCGUGCCGUCGCCCUCCUCCUCCUCCUCGUCUCUCAGCGCCGCGCAGACCUCUUCGGCCGAGCGCUCUCAUUGGCUGGGCGCCAGUCCUGUGACUUCUGACCCCCUGAGCAGUCCAGUGGCUGCUGGAAGAGAAACCACUGUGGAGUUUUGUAAAGGAAACUUGGGCCUGGGCCUCAGCAUUGUUGGUGGAUGUGACACCCUACUGGGGGCAGUAAUAAUCCAUGAAGUGAAUGAUGGAGGAGCAGCUCAGAGAGACGGAAGACUGCAGGCUGGAGACCAGAUAUUAGAGGUAAAUGGUAUAGACCUGCGGCAGGCCACGCAUGACGAGGCCAUCGCUGUGCUGCGACUCACCACCCAGCGCGUCCGGCUGAGCAUCUUCAGGCACCAGGAAGCCUACAGGGAGGAGGACCUGUGGGAUGUCUUCACUCUGGAGCUCAGGCCCCGUCCUGGAGAGGGACUGGGGUUCGGCACCGUGGGGAAGAGUAAUGACACGGGCAUCUUUGUGUCGGACAUCAUCCGAGGAGGCGUCGCAGAUUCAGAUGGCAGGUUAUUGCUCGGCGACCAGAUUCUGUCAAUCAACGGGGAGGAUGUCCGUGCGGCCUCACAGGAGCACACGCAGCGGCUUCUACAGAGCUGCAGUGGAGCAGUCCACCUGGAAGUAGCUCGUUUCAAAGCUGGUGUGCAGUAUUCACAGCGGAAUCAGGAGUAUUUUAAGUUGUGUUUUAUCCAGAGCGAAGACUCUGACUGUUCCACUCUGACACCCUCAAGUGGAUGUGAUGCGUCCUUCAGCCACCAGAGGGAGACCAAUAACAGAGCAGGGAGCAAUGCACCUCAAGGCCCUGACAUCAGAAAAGUAAUAAUACAAAGGGGUCUGUGUGACUCCAUGGGCAUCACUGUUGCUGGAGGAGUGGGCGGUCCCCAUGGCAACGCACCUCUUUUUAUUGCUGCCAUGGAUACCAAUGGACCGGCUGCCAAAACACGUCAAUUACAGACAGGAGACAUGAUCCUCAGCAUCAAUGAUGUGCCCACUGAGGGAAUGACUCACGACCGCGCCGGAGCCCUGCUGAAGAACGCCACUGGCGCCGUCAGUCUGCAGGUGGCAGCGGGUUUAGAAGGAUCCAGCUCACAGGAUCGUAGUGGUGUGCACAUUCCACCAUCAGCCCAACCCAGCGGCCUAACCUGCUCUCACAACAAUCUCUGUCCUCGCUCGUAUAAGACUGUGGCUCUGGAGAGAGGCCCGGCAGGCUUAGGCUUCAGUAUUGUGGGUGGGUUUGGUAGCCCUCACGGAAACCUGCCGAUCUACAUCAAAACUAUUUUCGCCAAGGGGGCGGCCAUAGAGGACGGCAGACUAAAACGCGGCGAUCAGAUCAUUGCCGUUAACGGGCACUGCCUGGAGGGAGUGACCCACGCCGAAGCUGUGGACAUCCUGAAAAAGACCAAAGGAACUGUGGUUCUCACCGUGGUCUCCUGA